AUCCAUCCUGCCAUUUUACUUAUUUAUUGUAAGAUUUUUUUUGGAACCUUAUUCUCUUGCAGAAUGAUCCAGCUCAGAGACAAAAGGUUCUGGAAUAUAUGGAAAACUUUGAGAUAACAUCAGAUCAAGAAGCAGCUGUAGUAAUAAACAUUGCACAGUCUCUGUCGAAAGAUUUGAAAGCUUUUUGUGAAAAGAAAGCAACUCUCAAGUAUAUUAAAACUCUUCCAUCGUUGAUGUCACAAGGGGAAAUAAAUGAAAGUCAGCAUAAUCCUGUCAAACCAUUUGAAAGUAACAAAGACCAACCAGGAGAUGGUUGGACUAAGCAUGGAGGUCUGACAGAGGGACUUGCAAAGUUACAGGCCCUAUUACAACAGGUGCCAAUUACUUCACACACCCGUGCUGAUUCAUCUGACUACCGACUGGGGAGGAAAACUUCUUUACAUGGCCUGUAUUCUAACGAUCUUGCAACAGUGUCUGCUCUUAAAGGUUCGCUUGCCUUUCAACCAGGAAGCUUUCAUUCUGGAAUGAAUAAGUGGAUGAAAGAAUUCAACCAGUCUGCUUCGACUUAUUUCCAGUCAACCCCAGCUGAAGAAGAGUCUCCCCACUUUAGAUCAGCACGAAGAAACUACAUGACGAAACGUAAUCAGGAUGGUAACAUAGAUAGUAGAAUAAAAAGCUGGGAUAAAGUAAAGGAGUCACAUGAUUCAAAAGCACAUCCUCUUAACCUCAUCUCAUAUCCUCCUCCAAAACGUUAUCAGGCAGGUUACCCUUCAGAAAGAAAAUCCUCAAGGUAUCAUGAUGAGCAUGGAAAUAGAAAUGAGAUGCCUUCGCCUUCCUGUUCUUCUGAAAGCAGGGGGUCUAGCUGGCCACAACAACCAGACUACCAUCGAUCAAUCCCUGACAACAAUCUGGGAUCUUAUCCCUCUUCUUCUAGUGGACGUUCACACAGAAAUUACCACCAGCAGAAUGCACAACUAGAUCGUGUAAUGGAUGGUAACAGCAGUGAUCUUAUUACCAACAUUAUGAAUCAGAUUCGAGGACAGGAUGCUGCUACAUUGGUGAGCAUACUCGAGCAGUUGCUGCCGCAUUACCCGGAUCUUCAAAAAAUAAAUAUUCAUGCACUCGCCCAAGCUCUGAGUGAAAUGAAUUAAUCGACGGAAACUACUGAAAGUAGAUCUUCUUUCUGGAGAAAGAGGCCUCUAGAAGACUUAGACAAAAUCCAAUGUGUUCUGCAUUACAAUGCUUAAAGGUAGAUAUGUUAGGGUUUCUGGAGUGUAAUAGAAGCAAGGUGAACCUGAUUGUUAUAAAUAUGUUUCCUGAAGUCUGUUAAA